AUGCAUGAAGAAAUUGCUGUUGGAGAUGUUUGGAUUUUGUCGUCUGCAAGCGAUUACUUUGAAAAAAAGAGAUUCACCAGUAAAGUACAACGUUUUAAAGACCAUGAGUCUCCAAAUAGUAGAUUGAAAGCUGUUAGUCUAGAUUUGUUAUCAUUGCAAACCGUCAGCUCCUCACAUGGUUUGCAUUCAAAACGAGGGAAGUCCAGUUCAUCGAAUGUUAUAAAAAUCAACUUAGACAAAGCCAAACCACUGCAUAAAAGAUAUGAAGAUAUUGAGUUGCCUAUGUCACCUUGCAAAAUUCCAUCAAAACUACAACUUUCAGAUAUUCCAGAAAGAAGUCAUAAUACAUGUGGUCAUGCUAACCACACAUAUACCCAUCCUACCAGUACUGCAUUUUUCCCUGCUGCUAAUAAGCCAGGUUAUACAAGUGCCAAACAGUCAUCACAAUUAUUGUCUUUGCCACUAAGACCUCAUACUUUUCCACAAACUUUGAAUGUUCCUGUCUCUAAAGAUGUGACCAAAGACAAUGUUAUUCAACAUUCUUAUAACAGAAAUCUACAAUUUCAUCAAGGCAAAGAAAAUUCCAGUCCCCAAGAUUUGAAGAAACCUGAUGUGACAGCUGAUACAUCCUACAUGCCAUAUUCACAGCCAGCACCAAAAAAUGUAUUUACUUCUGCAUUUGAAUGGAGAAAAAGACAAUGUGAUUUAUCUGCUGAUUCAGCAGCAUACUGUUAUAAUAGCACAGGACCACCUGAAAAGAAAGCAACACUAGAAGAGAAUCUGGGAAAAAUAAAUACCCAUAAUGUUCCCCUUAAAAGGGAACAGUGUAGUGGCUGGGAAUCAAGUCCUGGUUCAAGAUCAUCUUGCUGUAGUUCAGACUAUGAUUCUGAGAAUGACAACUAUAUACCUGAACUUGUACAAUGCAAUUAUAAUGAAAAAGAUAAUUUGAAAAAUUCCCAUAAAUAUGAAGAAAACGGCUGUGCAAAUGAUUUUAAGAAUGCAGCAAGUGUCAGCCAACUAAUAGCUGUAACAUCUCCAAAUGUAAUGCCACACAAUCUGAAUUCAGGGGCUCAUUCAACAGUUGGGAAAUCUGACCAUUUGCCUGUGCUCUACUGCUCAGAAACACUGAGCGACGUAUCAGAUAGUCAGAUGUCAACUCAGUCUGCUGCAAACCUUGACCACAAAAUUAAAAGAAGCUUCCACAAAGCUACGGUCAAGUCUAAGAAUUCUGAAAACAAUCUUAGAAAUUUGCCGAUACAGUGUCAAAGUUUAUGGAUGAAAACUGUGAAUGCUAGCCAUGACACACCUGAUGAGCUGGCUGAAAAAUCAUCAGAUGUUACUAUAUCAAGUUGUUCAGAUACAAAGUCACCUCAGCAUAAAAAGUGGAUGGAUUUUAUAAACCAACCUGUUGUUUAUCAAGACACAAUUGGAUGCUGCAAAUCAGAAGGCUUUUCACAAGUCAGGUCGAAUGGAAUUGAUAAUCCUACUACAAGUACCAGUGGAAAGUAUAUCAAUGAAACUAUCCCUAAUGCAUCCAGUCAUAACGAUGAAGACUUCUAUAAAACCGAGAAUACUAAACCAAAGGGUACAAGUGAACAAUAUCCUGAUUGCAAUGAAGUAGAGAAAAAUUCAUUGGUGAAAAGUAAUAAAUAUUUGAUACAGCAUAAAUUAGAAGAAAUUGAGUCAUCUUUGAAGGAUGGAAAUGUUGAAGAAACAUUUUGUAAAGAUGCUGAAAUGAGAGUAGCAGAAGAAGCAAUGAAAGAGGUUAUGUCAUUAGACAUGCAGAUGAAUGACGAUAUUUGUUAUGAAGAGGACAUGCUAUCCCAAUUAUCAAAUAUUUCCCAACUCACAGGUGGUUGUAAUUCAACCAUGACACAGAAUGGAAAAGACAUGCGAAGUAUGAUUAAUCCAACAAUAGAAAUGCUAUCAUUUUCUAGUGAUGAUCAGGGCAAGGCUCCAAUGUGGAAGAACCAAGCAUCUAUGAAAGGUGCUGCCGAUACAAUUCCAAACCAACCCUCAAAAUCUAUGGCAAAGUCCAAUUCUACUCGUCAUCAAUCCGACACAAAAAUUAUCUCAAAACAACUGCGAAAAGGUGAUGGAACACAAGAAAUAACAGGGUUUGACCAGUCUGUCAACACAAUAAUCGACAGUGAAGCUGAAAAGAAUAAACCCAAAGAAACUAGGGAGAAAGAGGACAUUCCUAGUCAAGGCAAUCUACCAGAAUCUUGUAGUGAAACAAAAAGUGCCUCUAAACCGACCAUUGAGGACAGCAGUGUCAACACAGCAGAAACAAAUUCAAUACAAAUGAAUGGUAAUUAUGCAAGAAAAAGUAGCACAAACCCAGUUGACAUUCUGAAAGCAAAUAAUGACGGUGAUUCACUAGAUAAUUCUAAGAAAACUAGUGGUAUAACUAAUGUGAAUGUAAACAACAGCAGCAGUUUGAACAAAUUUGUGGACACGCCUAUGAAAUGUACACCAGAAAAACAUUGUGAGCUCUUAAUAAAAACAAAUACCGGUUGUAUGCUAGAAUCAAACAAAGAGGGCAGCAGGGAACUCAUGACAGAGAUUAGGAACAAUUCCGCAACUAAUGAAAAGCAGGAUUCAUAUAACAGUGAAGAUUAUCAACAGAGACUAAAUAAUGAUCGAAUGGAUGCAUGUAACAAAACCACCUCAGGUCCCGGCAAUUGUAACUUACUAGCCAUACCAUUGCAGCAAAGUAAAGGAGAACAAAUAGAUACAGUUUCUGUAACAAUACAUGAAGUACAGACAGAGACGACCAACGUUCAGAGUAUUUCAGUACAAUGUGACCAAUCAAUUUUCCAUGUGACUAAAACACAAGAUGCAGGAAUACAGUGCAACAUGAAGGAAGAACUGCAGAUCAAGUCCACAGAGCACAAGGCAACACAAACACUACAGGAUAAUGAAGACAAUAAUUUAUUGGAUGUCUCAUCACCUCAUGUUGACAACGAAAUGCAAGUUGAAUCUACAGAGAAUUCUACUUCAUUUGAAGUAAAGUAUAACCUAAGGACAAGAAAACCAACAUAA